AUGUGGCAGCGUCUUGUCCGACAGCAGCAGCGUCGUAAAUCCUUCUUCUCUUCACUCUCUCGUGGCUUCACUUCGAGUUCAAUUAGCCGUAUCUUGUUCAUUGACAUUCCUGAACAUGUGGCUGAAAUCUCGUGCGUUCAAGAGCUCGUUCAACGUGGUCAUAUCGUUGACCAAGUACGAUCCGCAUCGGACGAGUAUCUGACGUCUAUUGUAAAGAAUUAUGACGCGUUAAUGGUGGCUCCUGGUACAAAACUUCCCCGUGAAUUGUUUCGUAUUGGUGCGAAACAUAAGUUACAAUUAGUAGCAGUACCUGCGCCAUCUAUUCCCAGUGAAGACGUGGAUCUUAUGGAAGCUACAAAUCAAGGCGUUAUGUUACUGCAAUUAGAGUCAAAACAAGUGGGAGAUCGAUCGUCAGUGGAAGCGGAGAUUGGGCUCAGUCUACUCAUUCAAUUGGCACGUCAUUUGCCUCGUAGUAUGGCCUCGACGCGGUCAGGAGAAGUGUUUGAUCGUCAGCAAUUUGCUGGUACAGAACUAGCAGGAAAGAAUCUAGGAGUUGUAGGUAUUGGACAAGCAGGAAGACGAGUUGUCGAUAUGGCCAAUGCACUUGGUCUGCAGGCAUUUGGCUAUGAUCCUAAUCUAAACCAGGAAGCAGCUGAACUCAUGGGUGUCAAAUGCGUGUCAAUGGAUGAAUUGUACGCGACGUGCGACUUUAUUACCUUUCAUGCCCCGUUGACAGCAAAGACACGUGGAAUGUUUGGAGAUGACGCACUUGACAAGUGCAAACAAGGAGUCAAAAUCGUGGCGGUGCCUGAAUACAAGGCAAGUCACGGUCUGCUUGAUGAGAAGACGCUGCUGCGAGGACUACAGACGGGUAAGAUUAGUGGCGUAGCACUAGACCUGUUACAGUCAGCGGAGUCAGAGGACGGAUUGGACCUGUCACCCACGUGGAUCGAGCUCAUGAAGCACGAGAAUGUCAUCAUGUGUACUCAUGCUGAUGGAACGGCGUCGGACGAUGUGCUUCAGCGCCACAAGUACCGUCUUCUUACGGAGAACGUUGGCGAUGCACUAGCUCAGCGUUACUACCGUGGUGUAGCCAAUGGCGUGUUCAUGCCGCUGACACUGCUGCCGGAGAUGAAGCCAUUCAUCGAGCUGAGUGAAUCGCUCGGUCGCUUCGUACACCAGCUCACUUUGUCGACAGAUUAUAAGGACCGCAUCACAAAUGUGUCUCUUGCUGCUGCUGGUGGCUUUCAGAUCGACAUUACCACACCACAGUCUCGCCAGCUUCUUCAGAACGCGCUGCUAAAGGGUAUGCUUGAGAGCAUGCGUGAGCGCAAAAAUACUGCAAAAGACAGUGAGCAACCCGAUGUUAGCCUUUUGAAUGCGUCGCUGCUUGCUAUGGCUAAGGGAAUCGACGUGCGCCAGGGGGACUUGCAGAGCGACCCAGUGGCUAUUCGUCGUCACCUGAAGAACUGCUUGGCUGUUGUGGUCGAGACUAAGAACAAAGACCGCCUUCUUGUCAAGGGCAGCGUCUUUGGCGAGGAUCCGCGUGUUGUGCGUGUGAACGAAUACUCAGACUUCCCAGCCUUCCGCCCGAAGGGUAACCUGCUAGUCUUCAACAACGAGGACGUACCCGGCGCUAUCGCCGGCAUCCUAAGCGAGCUGUCGCAGGCCGAGAUCAACAUUGCCAGCUUUGGACUUGCGCGCCAGAGCAAUGUUGAGCUCCCUCUUGGUAUUCUUGCCCUUGACUCGGUCCCCUCUGAUGUGACACUGAACGCGCUAAAGAAGCUACCCAGCGUACGCAGCGUUCGUUUCGCACAAAUUUAA